GGAAUGUUGACCAAGGGCCCUGUCACUGGAGGUCCAGCCGCUGCUUCCCUCGGGACCAGAAGGCAUCCCGGGUCUGCAGAUAUUUCCGGCGAGGCUUCUGCUUCCAUGGAGAUGGAUGCAGCUACCAGCGCCUGCCGUCAUCCCGUCACCUCGGGUGGGGCCGCCGCCAUUCGGAGCCCCACGUCACCCUGCCAGGGCCCCAGCUGGGGCUGACCCGCAGGGGCUCCGAGCCCUCCUACCUGCCCUCCGCGGCCGUCAGCUGGGGCCGCAUAGGGGCCAACCCGGACAUGGAUCUUGGCCCGGAGGGGCUGUCCAGCAAGGUUGAGGACAUUGGUGGCAGCUCCCGGAAGCCCCUGUCUCUAUCGUGGCCUUGCGUGCAGCCGACGCUCAGUAGAUGCCACAUGAAUGAGGAAAUGAAUGAAUGGAUCCAGUUUUUCCCCAACAGCUGCUGAUGGUGAUCACCGCUACUUCCUGAAGCCUCCACCUCAGUCAGAUCCUGUCCGGGAGUUUCUGGCCCUGUUUCAGAGCUUUGGCCUUGAGGUGCAGCAGAGGGUGCGGGACAGUCAGGACAUCGUGUGUGGCAUCUGCAUGGACAAGGUGUGGGACAAGCCGGAGGCCCAGCGGAUCUUCGGCAUCCUUCCCAACUGCAGCCACGCCCACUGCCUGGGCUGCCUGCGCGCUUGGCGGAAGAGCCGAGGGGACUUCCCGCCCAGUGUCAUUAAGGCCUGUCCCCAGUGCCGGGUCCAUUCCAGCUACAUCAUCCCCUGCAGAUUCUGGGUGAGCAAGGGGCCUGAGAAGGAGAAACUCAUCAGGAACUUCAAAGCUCGGACCAGCCAGAUUCACUGCCGGUUCUUCAUGCGGGGGAAUGGCCACUGCCCUUUCAAAUCUGACUGCAUUUACCUGCACCAGCUCCCAGAUGAGGCCCCGAGUUUUGAUCCUCUCUGGACUGAGAGUGUGCAGCUGGCCUCUGUGGUGGGCACACCAGUGUUCCUAGGGGACACCAAGCCAGAAGAGGAAGUGUUCUUCAUGGACUGUGCCCUGAGCAUGGCCUUCUGGGGUUCAGAACUCCUCCUGGACCCCAAUAGUUCUUACCACUGCCUGCAAUAACCAGGAUGAGCGUGUGGGGGAUGGGGCUGAGGGGCAGGAGUUCCCAGGUGGUAGGUAUUUCCCCUUUUGGGGCUUGGUAAGGGACGAAAGUAGCAAGCCCUCCACCCUCAUGAACUGCAUCAGUGACACAGUUGGGGAACGUAGGGAGGCGGUAGGGUUCUCAGUGUCUUGGGAGGGACUUGGUUUUUAACUUUGCUCUUUUGUAAAAGGAUUCUGAAGGAAACCAAUAAAAUGCACCUAAACUAUCA